AUGGAAAAACUACCCUUUAGAAAUCCAUUGAGCAAACAGAAUAAUGGAAAUGAGUGUUUUUUAUCCUAUGAUGUUGAAUGUUAUCAUUUUGCACGUUUGCAAUGCAGUUCUGUGUCACAUGUUUUCGAAAUUGUGUUAUUGAAAAUUGCUUCAUUUGGCGGAUGUUGUAAAAUGUUGUUGUAA